CAGGGGUUGAAAGUUUUUUCGGUGACCGAACACCGACAGGUGAACAACUACGGUCGCAACACAAAAUUGUGAAAGAAACUCAGACGUCACCUUUAAAUCAAGGAAACAAAAACCGAAAAGUCCGGAACGUCUGAGCGAGCUGUAUUGACAAUAUUUUUCAAGGAACAAUGAAUCUGAACGAAGAAGCCAAAAGGAUUAUGGCUCUGUCCAUUGGCAAGCUGUAUUCCUCUCGCACUCAGCGCGGAGGACUGAGACUACAUCGAAGUCUCCUACUCUCUCUGGUCAUGAGAUCUGCACGGGACAUCUACCACUCCGUCCAGUUUCUUAACGAAACCGAGGAGCAACAACACACAGUUCCAUGUGAGUCCCAGCAGUCGGCAAUAGAAGAGCCCAUGGACACAGCUACAGACCAGACAGUCCCCGAGGUGUCCAUUUCCACAGAGACCGAUCCAAUGCCGAACGACGAGGGUGACAUUAAGCCCCUUAAGGCAGAGGACGGUGAGUGGGACAAAGAAAACAGAGACUCGAGUCAUUGCGACCGACAUUCCAGGAAGCGAAGAGGCAAGGCAGCUGCCGAGCCUGAAUUCCUGCCAAGUAAGAAAGCAAAAAUGGACAUUGAGGACGACAGACGUGUGGGAGUUUUGAGGAGUAGUAACGGGAACUGUUGUCGCUCGGUAGAAAUAUUGACUCUUUCUGUUCCAAGUGCUAUCGAGGCGUUCUGAACGCCCAGGACAAUUAUAACCGGGAAUUCAACAUUAUCUUCCGAGCUAAAACGGAUCAGGGAAUUGACCUAGUUUAUGAACUAGGGACAAAGGCGUCGGGAGCAAUGUAGCCCACCUACUCCUACUCCUACUCAGGUGACUAGGACAUGGCAAGCCUUGCCGCUUCACAAAGUUGUUAAAGUACUGACACGGAUAGACGCCUUUGGGGGCUGACAGAGCAAUGACUGGUCACUGAGUCAAUGCGUCUGACGCUCUUGGAGAGUUGAGUCCGAACAUGCACACGGCGGCAGCUGAUCACGCUCCCUUGGCCUGCUCGAUCUGCGACCGACAGACAAAGCCACGAGUGGGGGAUGGUGUGCUCUGUCGGGAUUUAACGCCACUACAAGGAGUCACGCUGGUGUUUUGAUCGCUUGACGGGACCAGACCACUACCCUUAGCUCAGGCGGGCCUGUAUUUGUGUUUCACCCGUAUGACGUUGACGGCUCAUGACGCCUGGCCAAGGUAAACAAGCACGCAAGAAAUCCACAGCGGCACAAAUUACCUCUUGACCAACAAGGACUGAUGUAGCAACUGCACUGAGAAUGCCAACAUUCUGUUUGAUAUCUUGAAAUAAGAUGUGAAAAAAAGUCUUUCCUCUACAGUUCUUUAUGUUUGUAUGUCAAACUAUUUGUGAAUCAGUUUUAUACAAUGAUUUUUAUAUUUAUAUGGCAAUAAAACGUUUUCAAAAAUGAAA